AUGGAAGGUACUUGCUGCACACUCCAAUUGCGCAAGCCCAUUACUGAACUGUGCUACAUCAGCUUCUAUCUUCCAAGAGGGGACAUCAGAGGAUUUUCAUACAAGGGCACUGUAACUCUAGACAGAGCCAGUAAAGGUUUUCAAAACUGCUACCAAGUCAGGGAGGGGCCAGACAUCAUCAGCCUCAGCCAGCAGCCCAAUGAACAUCCCGGCGACAUAUUUUUCAAGCAGACUCCUACGAAAGACAUCCUAACUGAGCUGUACAAACUGACAGCAGAGAGGGAGAGACUGCUGGCCAAUCUGCUGAGCUCAGACCACAUCCUGGGCAUUUCCACGGGGAACCAGGAGGGGAAGCUGCUGGAGCUGUCGGUGAGCCUGGCCCAGGAGGACGACUGUUUCCCGAGUGCAGGAGACUGGUCGGGGGAGCAGCCCGUGGGCCCUCUCAGUAAGAGAAGCACCCAUGGGAACAAACAACCCCUGAGGUUUGGUGGGUGGAGAGAGAGCCUUGAGGCACUCCCACAGAAGAGAACAAGAAGGAAAGGGCGUGGAGGCUGGGAACCAGCUCCCUGGAUGGGGAAAGACCAGAUCUGUUCCAGCAACUCCUUUCCUCUUUCUCCAGCCAGGCCUAAUCUUCAGCUCCUAGAGGAAAGAGGAAACUUGGUCCCAAAUAGGGCACUUACAUCCUCCCUGCAGAGGAGAGAGCACUGCCCUGCAGAUAUCCCCAGGACACCGGACUCAGACCUUGGCAUCGAGACCUCUGGGACAGCCUCAGAGGCCACUGGGCUUGGAAGAGGAGCACUGCCCCCUGACAGCAGCUCCACAGAGGCAGGGAAUGGUGGCACUGGAGGCCCACUGAGCCGUCCUGGUGGGCUGGAGCGUCAGCCUGAAAAUCUGGACGCUGAGAAACGUCCAGAGGCAGAGGUGGGAAGAAUGGGGAAAUCGGCUGGGCGAACUCGUAGGACGAAACCUGUUUCCAAAGUAGUGGCCAAAGUCCAGGAUCUGUCCUCCCAAGUGCAAAGAGUAGUUAAAAUGGAUCCUGAGGCAGAGGAAAGCAUUGGCAUUUGCCCAGAGGCCCAGGCUGAGUUCAUAUCCAAAGUAGACUUGCUCAAGCUCCCAGGACCUGAGGCUGGGGCUCCUGGUUCCAGGUGGUGGGGUGAGGGGCAGCAAGGGGACAGGUCAUCCCAGUCAUUGGCCCGAGAAACAGCAUCCAUUUCUAGUUCCCUAGCCAGUGCUGAGGGGGCUGUGAACAAGGUCCUCCUGAAGGUGAUAGAGAGUGAGAAGUUAGAUGAAGCCACUGAGGGGAAAAGAUUGGGCUUCCCCCUCAACACAAGGACCACCUCCACCCUCCCAGAAACCAGAAGCAAAAGGAGGGCUGGGCUAUCUCAGAGGGGCCGCAGAUCCUUGCUUCUGGAUCCACAGCGUGUUGUAGGUCCUGACUCCUCCCAACCCAGAGACGUUGACAAGAGGCCAUCCCCCCCAGCACCAGCCGCUCUUGGUAUGGUAUUUAAUAAUUCAUCCCCUCAGUCCAGCGCAUGCAAACGGACAUCACCUGUUCCCUCGCCUUUACCUCCAAGGCGCACCAGCCCCCAGCAGCACCACAGGAUCCUCCGGCUUCCCCCACUGCCUGGAGAGAGGGAAGCUGCUCUUAAUGACUCUCCUGAUAGAAAGAGCUGUGUCUUCUCUGAGUCCCCGUCUGCCGAUACCUUGGAGUUACCCCCCUCUGCUAAGGUCACGGAGACCAAAGGAGCCAGMCCAACCUCCUUCAGAACAGGCCCAUCUCCCUUGGUGCCUGGGGAACCUCUGGAAAAAAGCUGGGGGCCAGGCAAGACCACAGCUCAGGCCCAGCAUCAGUCGCCUCCAGGUAACUCCUCCGAGAGCUUUUCUUGGGACUGCUUCAAUGAGCAGACAACUAAAGACCUUCCCUCCAGGGAUGGAAGUGCAUGGGUCCUGGGCUACAGAGCAGGCCCACCCUGUCCAUUCCUUCUUCACGAGGAAAGAGAGAAGUCAAACAGAAGCGAAUUGCACUUGGAUCUCAAUCCUGACCAGAGCCCUACAGAGCAGGACGACAGGACUCCUGGCAGACUCCAAGCUGUCUGGCCACCCCCAAAGACAAAAGACACAGAAGAAAAAGUGGGACUGAAGUACACUGAAGCAGAAUACCAAGCUGCUAUUUUACACUUGAAGAGGGAACACAAAGAAGAAAUUGAAAACCUGCAGGCCCAAUUUGAACUUCAGGCAUUUCAUAUCCGGGGUGAGCAUGCAGUGAUAACAGCGAGACUAGAAGAAACCAUUGAAAAUCUUAAACACGAGUUAGAAUACAGAUGGCGAGGAGGAGGUGAAGAGAUGAGAGAUGUCUGCAUCUCCACUGAUGAUGGCUGCCCUCCAAAGGCCUACAGAAAUGUGUGUGUCCAGACAGACAGAGAGACCUUCCUCAAACCCUGUGAAGGUGAAAGCAAGACAACCAGAAGUAACCAAAUAGUACCCAAAAAGCUGAAUAUCUCCUCUUUAAGUCAGCUUUCUCCCCCAAAUGACAACAAAGACAUUCAUGUACCACUUCCGACUGGGGAAGGCAUCUCAUCAAAUCAGCAAAAGAUAUCACCCCCGCCUCCUCCACCGCCUCCACCGCCUCCACCGCCUCUACCCCCUACCAUCCCUCCCCCUCCACCCCUCCCGCCUGGACUUGGACCUCUGCCACCAGCGCCUCCACCACCACCUGUGACUGCUGGGCCACCACCACCUCCUCCUCCGCCCCCUCCACCACCCCCACUACCUCCAAGUGCGGGACCUCCCCUACCUCCUCCCCCACCACCACUACCUAACUCCCCAGCUCUACCCAGCAGUGGGGGACCUCCUCCUGCUCCAACACCCCCCGGACUUGUACCCCCACCUCCUCCUGGACUCUUCUUUGGACUCAGCUCUUCUUCUAGCCAAUGUCCUCGGAAACCAGCCAUUGAGCCCAGUUGUCCUAUGAAGCCUUUGUACUGGACUAGAAUACAAAUAAGUGAUAAGAGCCAAAAUGCUACACCGACCUUAUGGGAUUCCUUAGAAGAACCUGAUAUUCGGGACACUAGUGAAUUUGAGUAUUUAUUCUCCAAAGACACAACUCAACAGAAGAAAAAACCUCUGUCAGAGACCUAUGAGAAAAAAAACAAGGUCAAAAAGAUCAUCAAGUUAUUGGAUGGAAAACGAUCUCAAACCGUGGGAAUCUUGAUAUCUAGUUUACAUUUAGAAAUGAAGGAUAUUCAGCAGGCCAUUUUUAACGUGGAUGACUCUGUGGUUGAUCUGGAGACCCUAGCAGCCUUAUAUGAAAACAGAGGCCAAGAAGAUGAAUUGGUUAAAAUAAGAAAAUACUACGAGACAUCCAAAGAAGAAGAAUUAAAGCUGCUGGACAAACCUGAACAAUUUUUACAUGAGUUAGCCCAGAUCCCCAAUUUUGCUGAACGUGCCCAGUGCAUAAUCUUCAGAUCUGUUUUUUCUGAGGGCAUCACCUCCUUGCACCGAAAAGUAGAGAUUGUCACAAGAGCUUCUAAGGGUUUGCUGCACAUGAAGAGUGUGAAGGACAUCUUAGGUCUCAUUCUGGCAUUUGGAAAUUAUAUGAAUGGAGGAAAUAGGACUCGGGGACAAGCAGAUGGAUAUAGCUUAGAAAUUCUGCCCAAACUCAAGGACGUCAAAAGUCGGGAUAAUGGAAUUAAUCUGGUGGACUAUGUUGUGAAGUAUUACCUUCGUUACUAUGACCAGGAAGCUGGAACUGAAAAGAGUGUUUUCCCCCUGCCUGAACCACAAGAUUUCUUUCUGGCCUCCCAAGUCAAGUUUGAAGACCUCAUAAAAGAUUUGAGAAAACUGAAGAGGCAACUGGAAGCAAGUGAGAARCAGAUGAUGGUGGUGUGCAAGGAGUCCCCCAAGGAGUAUCUUCAGCCUUUCAAGGACAAGCUGGAGGAGUUCUUCCAGAAAGCCAAAAAGGAACAUAAAAUGGAAGAAAGCCAUUUGGAAAAUGCACAGAAAAGUUUUGAGACAACAGUAGGAUAUUUUGGAAUGAAGCCAAAGGCCGGUGAGAAGGAGAUCACACCGGGCUACGUGUUUAUGGUGUGGUAUGAGUUCUGCAGUGACUUCAAGGCUAUUUGGAAACGGGAGAGUAAAAACAUCUCUAAAGAAAGAUUGAAAAUGGCUCAAGCAUCAGUCAGCAAGUUGACAUCAGAGAAGAAAGUGGAGACAAAGAAAAUCAAUCCCACUGCCAGUCUGAAAGAAAGACUGCGUCAGAAGGAAGCCAGUGUGACCACCAACUAA